UUUCAUCAAUGGGCUUUCUAUUUUCUGGAGGAAAAAAGAAACUGAGUGGUCAGCUUGAAAUCAAAGCAACAGGUUCAGCAACUUGGAGAUUUUCCUGUUGCAGAAUCAGACAAUCAUCCUUUUGGUUUUAGCAUUUGUCUCAAUGAUGACAAGCAAAUUUCUAUUCUCUCAUCUAACCCCAUUAAAUUGCAGCCUGAAGAAAUGAAUGAACAUGCAGAAUUAUGCUGCACCCUCUUGCAUCAGAAUUCACACACAUCCAAAAAACGUAUAUGAAUCAAAGGAGACAUUGUAUGAACAAUGUUGAUUACGUAUUCUUUUCGUCAAAAUCGGAUGAAACGACACUAGUGAAGGCUCAUUUUAGGAUUUUGUGCUGUUGGGUUCUUUCCUUCCGACAUACUUCGAGUGUUUGUGACCGCAGCCUUCACCUUCUGCAAGGAAGGAAUGUAUUGGAUUAUGGAGAGAGACAAAUCUUAUUUUACUUUUUCAAAGACAUAACAUAAGCUUUAACAUUAACAAAACAAAAGAGAGAUUGGAGAUGGGACAAAUUAGAACUUUCAUUUCUAAAAGCUGAGGAUUAGAAUCAUUAAAUAUAUACAACUCCCACAGAAUGACACUAUUAUCUAUGGUAGAAGAGGAGUAAAUUAGACAUAGGGACAAAACUAUUAAGGUUGAAUUGAUGUCAGCUUUUUGUCUUCUAAGCCAUUUGUCUGACAAUAGCAACAAUUCCAGGUAACUGAUAGAUUUUCUUGCAUCUGAAGCAAUGAAAAUACAAUACAAUCAAACUUAGACGUUUAAGAGAUCACUGUCUCAGAUUUAUAAGGAGGCAAUACAGCUGUUUGUUUUAUCAUCUGUGAUAAACUCUUGUUGUGCAGUUAGGAGCAAUGGCGGGAGCAAACUGGGUUAUUGAGGUAAACGAAAAGCUUGAGAAAAUGAUGGAUACUGAUAAUUCCAUGGAGGAAGAGCGCUGGAAGAAGCGUGCAAUCUAUAAAAUCCCUGCGUGUGUCAAAGACCUGAACAAGAAAGCUUACAGGCCUCAGGCAGUCUCGUUUGGUCCUUAUUAUCACGGGGAAGAACAUCUGAAGCCAAUGGAGGAGCACAAGCAUCGAGCUCUCCUUCAUUUUCUGAAAAGAGCAAACAAACCUUUACAAGUUUUUGUUGAAUCUUUAGCUGAAGUAGUGCAGGUUUUAAAAGACUCCUAUCAUCCGCUUGACAUAUCUUGGCAGGAAGAUACAAGUAGAUUUCUGCAACUGAUGAUUCUUGAUGGAUGUUUCAUGCUGGAGAUCUUACGCAUUGCUACUCAUGCAUUGGAUGAUUAUGCUACUAAUGAUCCAAUUUUUAGCAGCCAUGGGAAAUUAUAUAUCAUCCCAUAUAUCAUGCGUGACAUGCUGAUGCUUGAAAAUCAAUUGCCAUUGUUGGUUCUCGUCAAGCUGGUAGCUGUUGAAAUUGGUAAAGAAGAGGAUGAAGAGUUUAUCAACAAGCUCAUCCUCAAGUUCUGCUUUCCUGAGACUCCUGUUUCAAGCCUGGGUUCGUGCUUGCAUCCAUUGGAUGUCUACAGAAAGAGUUUGCUUCAAAAACAUGCUGGUAAAGAAAAGCGUCGCGGCAGAUCAAGUAGACGUCGCCAUGAUAAUGGAGGUAACAUUAUCCGAUCAGCAACUGAGCUCAGUGAAGCUGGAAUCCGGUUCAAGAAAAGUAAAACUAAAAGCUUGAAAGACAUCUCAUUCAAAGGUGGAGUCCUUAGGCUUCCAGUGAUCGUGGUGGAUGAUGCAACUGAAUCAAUCUUCUUGAAUUUGAUAGCCUUUGAGAGAUUCCACGUUGGUGCAGGCAAUGAGGUGACAUCCUACGUAUUUUUCAUGGACAACAUCAUUGACAGUGAGAGAGAUGUAGCAGUUCUACACUCCAGAGGGAUUAUUCAGAACGCCAUUGGAAGUGACAAAGCUGUUGCGAAGCUUUUCAAUUCUAUUUCUAAAGAUAUUACUCUCGACCCAGAUAGCAGCCUAGAUUAUGUUCAUAAAAAUGUCACUGCCUACUGCAAGAAAGCCUGGAACGAGUGGCGUGCAAAUCUCAUUCACACUUAUUUCAGAAAUCCGUGGGCCAUUUUAUCUUUUAUUGCUGCAAUCUUCCUGUUCGCUCUCACUAUUGUUCAAACUGUGUACACUAUUUAUCCCAUCUACAAGAAUGAUGCAUCCUCAUCACCCAUAUCCUCUCCUCCUGUGGCUUCUCCUCCUCCUCCCCCUCCUCAUCUUUUUUCAAAACCACCUUUUCCCCGCCUCCACCAUUGAUUCCUAUCGUUUCGCUGGUGAAUCCUAUUGUUUUUUAUGGCCGAGAUUGUUAUUUUCCUCGAUUGAAUCUGUUUUCCUGCAGUUUUUUUCUGUUAUCAAUAUUACUUGUUUGUUUGAUC